CCUGCAUAUGUAGUGAUGCUUUGUCAGGAGCUCUCCAACGAGCAGACUGAAUCAUUUAUUCGUAAUUCAGCUGGGUUGGCCCUAAAGAAUUCGCUAGUGUCAUCGGAAGCUUCACGAAGAAAUGAAAUUACACAGAGAUGGUUAAAUAUGGAUGAGGCAACAAGACAACAAAUUAAGCAAGCG